CUUUCUCUUUCUUUCUUUAAUUUUUAUUUUAUUUUUUCUUAAUUCCUUAUUCCAUCAUAAAUCUUUUUACUUGUAAAAUGAAUGAUAUCAAUACAACAAUCAAUCCACAAACACCAUCACCCAAGUCAUCUUUAAAUCAAGAGAAUAAAAUCCCCAAUUUGAAAAGUGGGAGUAUUUCCCCUGAAAAGUUUUUAGACAUUGAACAGGAUCCAUCAUUUCUGCAGUUGAAGACAGAACCACAAUUUAAUGAUUAUGAAAUUUGUCUUCAUCCUACAUCGCUCCAUGAUAAAGUAGAACAACAACACCAACAACAACAACAACAAACAGAAGAAGGGUAUUUAAAUACUACCAAUAGCAAUGUAGAAAACAUAUUAGAAGAUAACCUAUACGAAAGAAAGUCUUCUUUUGGUAGACGCCCAUCUCAAUUGUCUCAAGAUUUGGCUGCAUUGAAUGCAUUGUGUCCUCCAUCUCAUGUGCUUAAAGCAAGAAGACUCUCAAAGAACACCAUCAAGACAUCUGUAUCUACUCCUAUUAUCUCAUCAUCCAAACCAAGAAGUAGAAAACCUUCGAUUGUGGAUAGUUAUUCAAAAGAAUUCAGUAACAAUAGUGCUGUCAGUCCACGAUUCAUGGCUCUGAGAAAACUUAGUGAAGUCACAACACUACCUUCCCAUUCCCUUUCUUUUUCAGCCGUGCCACCUGUUCCACAAAUACCCUCCACUUAUCAAUCCCCGGCAGAAAAAGACGACAAGAAUGAAGAACUAGAAAGCCGAGUGUUGUCGCGUCUGGAUGACAUUAUCGAAACUCAGCUUCAGUUCCAUUUGGGUCAGAUUGUCUGGAGAGCAUCCGAAAGCCAUUUAGAUGCACGUCGGUUUUGGGAAGACCAAAAAAAGGAAAUGUUCAGUUUUGCUGCAACCGUCGUUGAUCGUAUGGAAGCUCAACUAGAUAUUCAGAAAAGAAUGGCACUUGAGACUAUACCUUCACCCACAGACACCAAAAAGAGUGAUGAGGAUACAGAUACCAUGAUCGUAAUGCUUCAGAAAGAAUUAAGCAUGUACAAGUCAAAGUAUACCGAUGCUCAACGAAAGCUGUUUGAAUUAGAAGUCAUCAAGACACGAAAUCAGGAAUUAGAAAAGCAGCAUGAAAUGGAUAUGGUUGCACUCAAGACAUUGUCUCAAGAAAAAGAAGCAGUGGCAAAACAACUGAAAGAGUUACAGGACCGACAUCUCAACCAAGCAAACAGCAAGACAAACAAGAGAGAAACGAUUGAUAGGACAAAGCUUUAUAAUCUAGAGACGCAGAAUAAACAGCUCAAGAGUCAGGUCAAACAAAUGCAGGAAAUCAAUCAACAACUAUUAGAAGAAGCAACCACACAUGAAACUAAAAUCAAGGCUCAAAAUAAGGAGAUCAAGAAGAUUAAAUCACAAUUAGUCGAAGCAGAAUUAGUGAUCCUCAACAAUAAACGAAAGAUGGCACCCACCACAAGCACAUCCACUGUGGCUGAUGGUAUUGAUUGUAGUGAGGAUUUUGGUAAAAAGCAGCAAAAGACAAAAAAGAUGGACAAUUGGGCAGAUAUGAUGCAAUCAGAAGAUGAAGCUAAAAAGACAUCUGAAGAAUGGGCUUUGAAAUACAAGGAACUUCAAGCCAAGUAUUAUGAAGUGUGUCUGAAGCUCGAUAAUAUCACUGAAGAUGAGCAAAAAGUUCGUGACUUGACCGAGUUACUCAACGCCAAAGAUCAAGAGAUUCGUCAUUUAAAACAAGCAGAAAGCGUCAACAGAAUUCAAAUAGACUACUUACAAUUAGAAUUAGAUAAAUCUCAAAAGAAAUCAAGUGCUGAGAUGAAGCAAAAAGCCCGUAGAAGUCAACCACCUAGAACACGACCUAUUACACCUGUCAAUAAUAGUAAUAAUAGUAAUAACAAUAAUAAUAGUAAUAGUAAUAGUAAUCAUACCACCACAAAACCUAAUACCAAUAAUAAAUCAACAACAGAACCCAGCUAUAUUACAGAAGAUGGUUACUUGACAUUUACCACCGAGAUAAACGGCAAGCCAUCAAGGUAUUCUAUAAAAAUUCCCCAAGGAUAUCAGCAAGAAACACCCAAGAAGAAAUUGAAUCCCAAUGCAUCCACAUGGAAAAACAAUACCAAGUAAUACAAUACCCCCUCCCUCUCUCUCUCCCUAUCCUUUAUAAGAAUAAAAAAUAUCGUAUCAUAAUUUACAAAAUG